UACCCUGGUACUAUAGCCAUCGAAACAAAGGAUAGACUUCUCCAAUAUUAUCAUAGGACAACCACAUGGCGGCGUUACGGCAGCUGCUGAACCGCGGGCUUCUCGCCGGCCGCCGCGCGGCCACGGCGCCACCACGAGCUACUAGCGCCUUCUCCACCACCACCACCGUCGUCGGCAGAAGCCAUGUUCCACAGUAUCGUCAGCCGCCGAUCCGAUCGCCGAAUCUUGACAUCCUCGCCAGGUCUCAAUUCAUCUGGGAGCAUGUAGACAAGAUAUUCGGGCUCCACCGCAACUACCCCUCCCGGCUCACGGCCGGUCUCCUGCUUUUGAACGGUUCCUACUGCCUUUCCGGCCACGUUGCGUCAUACCUAUCUCGUUCUUCGAAAUCCCCCAGCCAUGAGAUUAAGUAAGGCUACGCAUGGAUCAACGAGGCUCCCCUAGCUACCAGAGGAUGAAGAAAGUAACAGAAGCAGAUUUGGCAGAGGUUGUGCUCUACAAAAUUAUGUCUAGAUGCAUUCUAAUUAACCUCCGUGUCUAAAAAAUUAAGUCACUUAUUUUAGGAUUGAGGAUAUAC